AAGCAUUAAAAUAGAUGAAAUCAAAAUAAGUGUAAACUUAACUGAGUAUCGAAUUAUCGCAAAAAUAUAGUCCCUGAUUCUUUAUUGGUUGAAAAAUUAAAGCGCGUGGAGCGCGUAAUUUAAAUUCCUAAUUGGAAAUAAUUUUAUGGUUUUUUAUCAAAACUGAAAAAAUCGAAUGUCAAUUUUCAAGGGUGAAAUAUCGAUUCAGAACUAAAUAUCGAUUUAAGAAAUGGCAAAAAAUCGGUUAUUCGAUUAAUCAAUCUCAAAUCGCCAUCCCUAACCUAAAAAUAAUAACAUUUGCAACAUGUUUAAUCCAUUCAAAAAUAUUUUCGUCUCCAAUUUGAAGUACAAUCAAUGUAACAAUUUUCACACCAAUUCGUUACAUCUAGCAUGGACAAAGGCGACUGCACCAAAAUCUUUUAUUCAAAAUAACAAGAAAAUUUAUCCUCCACAACAAAUUGAUGAACCAACUCGACCAGCAUUUGUGUGUCAUCAAAAAACUAAUAUUAAAUACAGCCCAGAUAAGCUUUGGUAUGUAGCCUGUCUCAUACGAGGAAUGACUGUUGAUGAAGCACUAAAACAAUUGAGUUUUGUCAAUAAAAAAGGAGCAUUAUUUGUAAAGGAAGCUGUAUUGGAAGCUCAAGAGAUGGCCAUCAAAGACCACAAUGUAGAAUUCAAAAGUAAUCUUUGGGUUGCGGAAUCAUUUUCAGGAAAAGGUAUGGUGUUUAAAGGUAUAAGGAGACAUGCACGAGGCAGAUUGGGUGAGGUGCGCUAUAAGUAUAGUCACUACUUUGUGAGACUUGAAGAGGGCAAGCCACCUACUGAUUAUUAUAAACGUAAACCAUUACUACCUUCAAAUCAGUUACAAGAUUGGCUAGAACAAAUGAGGAGAAGAAAAAUAACAAACUCUUACUAAAUUAAUAUACAACAAUAAUUAGAAAUAGAUGUUAACUUUUACUUCAAUAAAUAUAUGCUAUAAUAAAAUAAA